GUGUGAAAAGAACCAGGAAGCUUUUGAUUUUAAAUCGCAGCCAAUAUAAUUCUGAACUGGCAGCAUAAUUUUCAACGGCCCCUGCCUGGAACCCGGACCUACUAAUUUCUGUGACUAAGGGCUAAUGACCGAAGCUGAAUUAAGUUGCUUUUCACUGAGGUUGAAUUAAGCACCCUGUGCACUUUAAUUUCCUGCCUGUGCCAUCCGGCCAACUGAAGGCAGGGUUCUGAAACUCAGCUAUAAGGACAUCCAGCCAAAGUUUCAUUCUUGCCUUAACAAUGUUCCAGAGGCUGAAUAAAAUGUUUGUGGGUGAAGUCAAUAUCACUUCUAACCAAGAACCAGAAUUUAGUGAAAAAGAAGAUGAUGAAUGGAUUCUUGUUGACUUCAUAGAUACUUGCACUGGUUUCUCAGCAGAGGAAGAAGAAGAAGAAGAAGAAGAAGAAGAAGAAGAAGAAGAAGAAGAAGAAGAAGAAGAAAAUGACAUCACUCAAGAGUCACCUACAGAGCACCCUUCAGUCUUUUCCUGUUUACCUGCAACUUUGGAGUGCUUGGCUGAUACGAGUGAUUCCUGCUUCCUCCAGUUUGAGUCCUGUCCCAUGGAGGAGAGCUGGUUUAUCACCCCUCCCCCAUGUUUCACUGCAGGUGGAUUAACCACUAUCAAGGUGGAAACAAGUCCUAUGGAAAACCUUCUCAUCGAACAUCCCAGCAUGUCUGUCUAUGCUGUGCACAACUCCUGCCCUGGCCUCAGUGAGGCCAGCUGUGGGACCAAUGAGUUCCAUAACCCAAGCAGUCCCAGAACGGAAGCCCAAAGCGAAAUGGGACAACACAUUCACUGCUAUGUCGCAGCUCUUGCCGCUCACACAACUUUUCUGGAACAGCCCAAGAGCUUUCGUCCUUCCCAGUGGAUAAAAGAACACAGUGAAAGACAGUCUCUGAGCAGAAAUAGCCUUCGUCGCCAAAAUCUUACCAGGGAUUGCCACUCUCGGCAAGUCAAGCACAACGGCUGGGUCGUCCACCAGCCCUGCCCACGUCAGUACAAUUACUAAGAACUUCCGAGUUUUGCUGGUUGGUUUUUGCAGAUGUGUGUGGAUGUGUGUGGAUGUACAGUGAAAAUGCUGUCUCUUUACAGCCAGUUGUGACCAAUCACUUAGUUUGUCAGUGUGUUUAGACACGAUCUUAAAACCCAGAUUUCUAUGCUGUAUACCACCUAAUGCCUUGCUCCUAACAUGUACUUUUUUGUAAGUUUUUGCAGAAUAUUUUUGGAAACAUAUCAAUACAGUUACAGUGUUUGGUGUUUGGGGAUGUCUUUAUUAAAGCGUAGAUGAGUUAGCAUUUUAAAGACAUUUCUUCCCCCCAAGUAUGGGAACAGGCAUCUUUCUACUUCAUUUUGUAUUACUUAAUCUAUCUUUUGAGUAAGCAAAAUUUAUUCUCAGGGUCAUCCAUACACUUUAUUGACCAGUACUUGAUAAUCUUUUCUGUAUAUAAUGAAUAAUUUUUACACACUAACAUGAGCAUUAACAGGUAAUAUUUGCCAUGGAUAUAAUGGAAUUAUGGCUGGACUUCCUUUUGAAAGAAAACUUGAUAUAUUUCUGUGUGUGAUUUUUUUUUUUCCAGAUAAGUCAUUCAGUUCAUUGUGGAAUUCAGGUACAUUACGCUUUAGUGAACAGUGCAUUCAGUAAUUCCAAUGUGACUGUGUGACGUGGUACAAAUAUCGUAGGUGUCACAGACAAAAGCACUUGUCUUACAUGCACAGGGAAGAGAUGAGGCCUGUGAAAUUAUAUUUGGAAAAAUUCAUGUCUAUAAGUGACCCGUUGGUCCAGUAUUUAUUCUUCCCUGCCAGCUCUGUCCAGUCCCCCUCACCAUCAGCUAUAAAUUGAACAGUGCUUGAGCCGGCAGGCACUUGAGUGACUUCAUAUGUAUCUGCUCACCGGAAGAGAGACAGUGAAAAAUCCUCUGACAUAAGCCUGGCCUAGCAAGGGGCAAGCAAGGGCGAAGGGGCAUUUCUCCGGCUGUCUUUUCAUAAGGCCUAAGUGAAGAGCAACAGAUUGGCUUCCUUCAAUCCUCAUUUUUUGUUUUAACGUCAGGCAGAAUCUUUAACCACUUGGGGCCUCUGUUUCCUUCACAGCAGGGGAGUCAUAACACUUACCUCCCUCACAGAGUUGCAGUGAGGACUGUGUCCUGACUGGAAGUGGGCUGUCCAGACCGGACCUUGUGUGAGCUUCCAGGGGCCUUUCUACUGAACCUAGCGAUGGGGCCGUGGCGGUGUUCUUCACAGUGCUGGUGCUAAUGAGGCCGGGGUGCAGGGUUCAACUCACACACAGGCCAGUUGACACAGCAAAGUCCAUUUCCUUACCUCUAGCCGGUCACUUCAUUUUCCUGCAGUUGUGGUGGGUUUUGCUGAGCCAUCCACACUCUCACCAGCUUCUCUGAAAUUAAUUAAACACAUUCGCAGUUCAGAGCACGUCGUUGUGACCAACAGUAGCACUGCCUUUAAAACGCAGCCGCUUACUUUCCCAUCUCCUCUGCAGCCCUAGUUAAGUGAGCACACAUCUAGGAAGUGUUUUCAAGGAAAAAGCAGCAUAUAGUUACGUGAAGUAUUAUAUUUUUCAGUAACUCUGUAACAGCUUGAUGCAGGGACCUGAGACUCAGGAAGAGCUGUGCUCUUUUUCCGACCGGGGCGUUUAGAGUGAAAGGGGUCAAGCAUAGUUAGAUGGUGGUUUAGAUUGUUCUGCUGGCUGCGAUGACGAGCCAGGAAGUCUCUGUACAAGAAUCUAGCUCCCCCUUUCUUUCCUUACCCCUUUUAUACUGACUUCCCUUUUAUUUAUUUAUUUUCUAAGUAGGGGCCAAGUCUGUAAAGUUUUGUUAAACUGAGAAGUUAUUUGUUGCUAUUUGUGUUUACUGGAGUUGUGGGAUGAGGUAGUUUUCAUGAAGGUGUGUAUGUUUUACACUAUGUCUAUUUAGGGCCACACGGUGGUAACUUGAAAACAGACCAGCUAAAUAUCCUUGGAACCUAAGACUCUGCAUACAUGGGGUGUCUCUGUCUUACAUUGCAGGCAAGUUGUUUGUAUCUCACAAGCAAUGGAAGUUCAGCCAUGGGAAUUUGGCAGUAUGAACAGAUUUGUAUAUAAGACUGCAAUGGUCUUCUUAGAACUAUUUCCCCCUCCCAGAGAUUUCUUGAUCCCUUACGUACAUUCACAUCUCUGUUAUUGACUUUCUGUUCCCCUUAUCUGGGCCUAAUUUUUUAUGCUUUAUAGCUGGCAAACAAAAAUUUCAGUUACCAGGAUUUUUUUCAGGGUUAGGAUUACACCACCUGUGAUAACAUGGUGUGGUUUCUGUGUCAGAGUCUAAGGUCUCCACUCAAAAUUGGCAAAUGUAAGAAAAUGGUUACAUAAUUCAGUUAAAGUUCUUGGUCACUAGAUGUUUAUUAGGUAUCUACUGUGUGUAAGACAUGAGGCCAACAAUCAUGCAGAAUGAUGUUGACCUGUUAAGUAUUCUUUGAAACAUGGCCAAAAUGCAUUUUGUAAGUUGAUUACUGUUUUUGUUGUUGUAACUAUUAGUGGUUUACAGUGUGUUUUAGUGCACAUUAAAAGCCCAACAGUGAGAACUAAGACCCCUCUGAAUUCAGUAGUGCUGGCCAUUUGUAAACUGAUGACCUAGAAUGUUACUUGGAAAAAGUCUGGAAUAUGUGGUGUGCACAAGCAGUGCUUCGAGAAUGAGUUUGAGCUUUUACAAAGCACCACAUUCCUCAAAGUUUGUGUUUUUGUUAAUACAACAUUAUAUUAUGUAUAUCCUAUGUUUAUUACCUUCUCUUCCUCAGCUAAUUGAAGUAUGCUCUGCACUGUAAGUUGAAGGCUAGCCAUCCAUUAUUUAUCUUCUGUGGCAGUGGAUUUAUAUGGUUGGGUGGGUGGGGAGGUUUUUGUCAAAGAUGCAAAGUGAUUGGAUUGUUACUUCCCAUUGCAGGGAGCUUUCUUUUAACAUUAAUUGCUUGUAUAUUUUUCCAAUUCCCACAUAAACUUCCUGUUUACAUACCUUCCGUUGUAUGAGUUCUUGGAUUCUACCAACAAGAUAUAGUUUACUUAAAACUCGAGGGCUGUUCAGCAUUGCUCUGUAUGGCCCUUUGCUUCUCAAACCUGUGUAUUACACUGGUUUGGUAAACUUUGUGUCUUUGUUGAAAGGUGAAUUUCUGUGCUGUUUCUCCUUCCCUCAAGGAAACACAUUCUUUAUGUAUUCUUAAGAAAGAAUAAGGAAGGGUAUUUUCCUUAUCUUCAUUUUCUGAGUUGGAAACAAAACUGUGCAGGACUCCAGCUAGCAGACAGACAUUCCCAUUUAAAUGGGCCAGUGGGAAAAUGUUCCAGGUAUUUUUGUCUUAGAAUCAGUUAAAAGACUGCUCCUUGCACCGGGAGGUACUAGUGUAUGUUGGUGAUAUGAAAACUGGUAUCAGUUAACCUCUUUAUUUAUUGCAGUUAACCUCUUUAUUUCAUGAGGCCCACGAAUACUGGUUAAACUCUUUCAGAAGGUGGGCGCCCAUCUGGAUGGUUUCACUGCCAUCAGUCAUGCUGAUGUAUUAUAAAUGGCAUCCUUAUCUACUUAUUUUAAUGCUUAAAAUUUUAUAUAAAAUGCUUUAUUUAGAAAACCUACAUAAUAGCAAUGGUGUCGCCCUUGCCAUGUACCAAUUUCACUUAAAAUCUGACACCAGUUAAAGUGGUUUAGAUGGAGAAAGAGGCGGACUGGAAAGCAAACAGAUAAAGGUAUCUUUUCUCAUUUCAAUGGUAUCCUUUGUGUGGGAGGGAAAGUUACAGUUCCGAAGGAGGCAGCUUAAAUAGAUGUUUUGUAUGUCUUUGAGAAUUUUAAUUACAUUUAAAAUUUUUUAUAAUUAUUAAAUGCCCAGUUUUGUUCUGCAUUUGCCUGAAGAUUUAGUAUUGUUUUCUAGACAGACUAGGAUACAAACCAAACCAGUCCCUGGGGAGGUCUGAUGUAUGUGUUUUCAGGCUUGUAGUGUGUGAGUGGUUUUGUUUGGUUUUUGGUUGUGUUCUCUCCCCCUACCCAAGUUUUGAAUAUACUUAAUAAUUGUGUGUGUGUGUGUGUGUUUUAAGUGGCUUUUUUUUUCCUCAAGUAAAAUUGUGAACACAGUUGCUUUCCAGGGCAGGGCAUGAGUUACGGAGACUGAAGAGUAUGGUCGACUGCACUAUGUGCCUUCUUGGUGUGUUUCUGGACACACUUUUUUCAUCAACUUGAAAAACUCAAAAGGGACACUUGGUUAGAUUAUAUACUGUACAUCAAUCUAUGCAUAAAUGGCAGCUUGUUUUCUUGAGCCACUGUCUAAAUUUUUUUCUGUUUUUAUAGAAAUUUUUUAUACUGAUUGGUUCAUAGAUGGUCAGUUUUAUACAGCGUGAACAAUACAGCACUUUGCCAAAAACAAGUGUAGCAUUGCUUAAACAUUGUGUAUUGACACCCAUUCUUUGUAAUCGGGUUCAGUGGUGCAUUUUGCACUGCGUGAAGUUAUGGUUUUUACUCUGUCAGUAAAUAAAAUGUCCUUUAAAGUCA